GUAACAGAACAGAUCCCCAAUUCUUAUUCUUUUUUCUCCUUUCUCUCUAUUCUUUCCAAUAAUCGCGUCGGUCAAUCGAUCAGGUUGCUGCUGUUGAAUCCGAAAACGAGCUGCCAUGAAGAAAGUCUUUGAUCAAACUGUCAGGGACCUAAAGAGAGGGGUGAACAAGAAGGUGCUUAAAGUUCCUGGUAUUGAACAGAAGGUUCUUGAUUCUACUAGUAAUGAGCCAUGGGGUCCUCAUGGAUCACUUCUUGCUGAUAUUGCACAAGCCACCAGAAACUAUCAUGAGUACCAAAUGAUUAUGGCCGUGAUUUGGAAGCGGCUUAGUGAUACUGGUAAAAAUUGGCGGCAUGUCUACAAGGGUUUAACUGUUUUGGAAUACAUGGUGGCUCAUGGGUCUGAGCGUGUCAUUGAUGAUAUCAAGGAGCAUGCAUAUCAAAUAUCGACAUUGUCCGAGUUUCAAUACAUUGAUUCUAGUGGAAGGGACCAGGGAAGUAAUGUCAGAAAGAAGUCUCAGAGUCUUGUGGCUCUUGUCAAUGAUAAGGAAAGGAUAAUCGAGGUUAGACAGCAAGCAGCUGCCAACAGGGACAAGUUUCGCAACACACCGUCUACUGGUGGAAUGUAUAGGCCUGGUUCUUACUCUGAAAAAUACGAAGAUGAUCGUUACGGAGGCAGGGAUGAAGAUAGGAAUGGUUAUGGGUAUGGAAAGGACAGAGAAUGGGGCUCCAGGGAUGACGACCGGUAUGGAAGAUCUGGGGAUUCAUAUAGUCGUGAUGGAGAUCGUUAUGGCAGAGAAUAUGAUGAACGCAAUGGCAGAGAAGGUUACAGAGAUGAUGAUUAUCGUGGAAGAAGCCGAAGUGUUGACGAAUACCAGUAUGGCUCUAGAAGUAGAAGCUCUGAUAGAGAGAGAGAGCGUGCAUAUGAUGAUGAUGGUCAAUAUUCAUCUCGUGGCAGUGGUGCUAGAGCUGAUGAUCAGUCUCAGGAUGGAAGGCUAAGUAGGAAAUUUUCAGAACAAAACAUUGCUCCUCCUAGUUAUGAAGAGGCUGUCAGUGAAACUCGAAGCCCUGUUCAUAGUGAGAGGGAUGCUGAGCCUCCAGCAGUUUCUGCUCCCAGAGCUUCUUCUCCACCUGCGACCAGUAAUCCUAGCCAAGCAACCACUGUUCAACCUCCUCCUCCUCCUCCUCCUAUGGCUUCUUCUCCUCCGGCAAGCUAUAAUCCAAGCCAAGCAACUAGUGCUCCAAUUACCUCUGCAUUGCCCGCAAAACAGGAACCAGAGCCUUUUGAUGAAUUUGAUCCACGUGGUUCUGUUUCGGGUGGUCCAUUUGGUUCUGUUUCAGCUGCCCCAACUACUUCAAACAAUGCUGAGAUGGACUUAUUUGGUUCCCUGUCAGAGUCAUUUUCUUCAAACUCAUUGGCCAUUGUGCCAACUACAUUUUCUACUACUACAUCUGAAGUUGAUGGCCUUGCAAAUUCUGCUCCAGUGACCACAUUUAUGGCAACUCCUCCAGUCUCUGAUGUUAUGAAUCAGUCUUUUGAAGAUCCAUUUGGUGAAUCCCCCUUUAAAGCUCUCCCUUCCACUGAAGCGGCGCAAUCUCAACCACAGACAUCCACUUCGGCGGACUCUUUCCCACCGACCACAAACCAGAGUGCAGAUACAGUCUCCAACUUUCCUUUUGGGGACUCGUUUUCAGCUCUAACUUAUUCUCCAGCAAACUCCCAGUUUUCAACUCAAGAUCUGUCCACUGAACACCAGAACACUGACAUUCUAGCUGAUAUUCUCCCACCUUCUGGAGCUUCAGAGCCAUCAUUUCCAGGUUCAGCAGGUCAACCUUCACAGCCAACUACAAAUAUGUAUGGGAACUUCCAACCACAGCCAGGAUCUAUGGUUCCUCAGACUCAAACUGGAUUUUCUGGACAACAUGGUGGUGGGGCUUUUCCUUCACAGGGAGGAUCUACAGCACCUAUCACUUCACAUGUAGCUCCUCAAGUGCCAGCAGGACAAACUUCACAGUAUAACAAUGGAAAUUUUAUAUCACAGCAAGGUGGAUAUGCAGCUCCUAACAGUGGAAACUACUAUUCACAGCAGGGAGGGUCUGCUGGUCCAAUGACAUCUUACAUGGCUCCUCAAACGCAAACUGGACCAGCUACCCAGUAUGGUGGUGGAAGCUAUGUUACGCAACAAGGUUCCAUCACCUCACAGGUUUCACAUCAAGCUCCAAAUGGGCCAGCUCUGCAACAGAACAUUCUUUCUCAAGGAGGAUCAAAUGGACUGACAUCAACAACAGGGGCACUAGCUUUAGUUGAACAACCACCUAAAGACAAUAAGUUUGAGACCAAAUCAGCAGUUUGGGCCGAUACACUGAGUAGAGGGCUGGUGAACUUGAAUAUAUCUGGAGCUAAGAUAAAUCCGUUAAAUGAUAUUGGAAUUGAUUUUGAUGCCAUAAAUCGGAAGGAAAAGAGGAUGGAAAAGCAGCCAGCAACUUCUGCAACAUCUACUAUUUCCAUGGGUAAAGCUAUGGGAUCUGGUUCUGGUAUGGGCCGUGCCGGUGCAGGUGUUCUUAGGGCUCCAGCAACCCCUAUGGUGGGUUCCGGUAUGGGAAUGGGUAUGGGUCUGGGUCCGGGUCCGGGCAUGGGUAUGGGUAUGGGCAUGGGUCCUGGUGGAGGAAUGGGCAUGGGGGGCUAUGGAGGCAUGAAUCAACCCAUGGGUGCGGGAAUGGGAAUGGGGAUGAACAUGGGUAUGAAUAUGGGGAUGGGAAUGAAUAUGGGCAUGGGCAUGCAACCGCCAACUGGAUUACCUCCCAGGUCGAACGUGCCCAGUGGUUAUAACCCUAUGAUGGGCCAAGGCGGUUAUUCUCAGCAACCAUACGGCGGCUACCGAUGAAAUUGAUUAAAGAAACUGAGGACUGGAAUGGCUAGCCAAGUUUUACUGUUAAAUUUUACACAAUUUACAUUUAGACCAAUAUUUGGUAUACAAGGUUUUAUUUGUAAACAAGAGUCCUGUAAUCUUAUGUGGCCCAGUGUGAUGUAUUUUUAUCUGUCCUCUGUAAUUCGAUCGUCUUCUUUCAAUGGGUCACAAGAGCUCCUUGGUGCAUUGGUGGUGGUUUCACCUGUUGUCCUGUUUUUGUAUUAGAGGAGAUAACCGUUCUCAGGUUAUCAUGUCUGUUUCCUUUGUGAGAAUAUUCUUUCUGUCACUGGUCUAUAUAUAGUAGUCAGUAAUAACAUGAACUUUUAUUCUUUCCUUC